GACUUAGAAGAGUGUGGGAAUGCCAUUGGAAUUAUGUUUAAUUCAAUCAACCCGGCAUUUGUUUACUAGUUAUUAUUUCUAAUUUCAAAAACAGUAAAAUUAAAAAAAUAAUUAUUAAAAAUGUCGAAAGUAGCAUCACGUUUAAAGUCAGCAAAAAAAUUAAUGGAAAAAGUAGAUCAUAGUUCUAAAUUACAUACAGAAAUACCGGCUGGUUUAGCAUCUCCAAGUCCACCUCUUGGCUCACAAUUAGGACAGAGAAAUAUAAAUAUUGCCAAUUUUGUGAAAGAAUUUAAUCAAAAAACAGAACAUUUGAAAGAAGGCAUACCAAUACCAUGUAGGGUUAAGGUAAAUUCUGAUAGAACUUAUGAUCUUGUAAUGCAUAAACCUCCGACAUCGUAUUACCUAAUGCAGGCUGCUGGUAUUCAGAGAGGUGCUAUGAACUCAGGAAAAGAAACUUCCGGUAAAAUAACUUUAAAACAUCUAUAUGAAAUAGCUAAAAUAAAAUCUGAAGAUCCACCAUUAAGUUUGCUGACACUGGAACAAAUAACACAGAUGUUUGUUGGUAUAGCUAGAACGAUAGGUAUUCAAAUAGUUCGUGACUUAGAUGCUGAUGAAUAUGCUAAAUUUUUAAAAGAACGAGAAGUUAUUGUUGCUGAGCAAAAGAAAGCAAUUCAGGAGGCGAAGGAAGCUAAGAUGUUACGAACAGCGUAGUUUAUGUUACUGGUAAUAGUGUUUAAAAUAUAUUUAAUUGUAAUCUAUUAUUCGCAUUUGCUUUUUAUCUUUAAGAAUAAAAUCUUUAUUUCAAUCAAA